CUGCACCGGCUCCGCUCCGGCAACGCCGCUACCCCUCAGCCACCAGGGCUGCCACAGACCCCCUCCUUCCAUCCCUCCCUCCCUCUCCCCCGCCCUCCGCCCUGUCCCCAGCGCCGCCGCCACCGCUUCCACAAGAUGGCGGGGACCGUGGCGGAGCGGGACGCGCUGAAAAUAGAGGACGGGCAUUUAAACAACUCCCUGGCAUCUCCGGUGCAAGCUGAUGUGUACUUCCCUCGCCUGAUCGUCCCCUUCUGUGGGCACAUCAAAGGAGGAAUGAGACCGGGAAAGAAGAUCUUAGUUAUGGGCAUAGUGGACCUCAACCCCGAGAGCUUUGGCAUCAGUCUGACUUGUGGGGAGUCAGAAGAUCCUCCUGCGGAUGUAGCCAUAGAACUGAAAGCUGUGUUUACAGAGAGACAGUUUGUCAGAAACUCUUGUAUAGCUGGAGAAUGGGGGGAAGAGCAGUCAUCUAUACCUUACUUUCCAUUUAUACCGGACCAGCCUUUUAGGGUUGAGAUACUUUGCGAGCAUCCCCGUUUUAGAAUAUUUGUGGAUGGACAUCAGCUCUUUGAUUUUUACCACCGUGUUGAAACACUGUCAGCAAUUGACACAAUAAAGAUAAAUGGAGAUCUUCAGCUUACAAAGCUGGGCUGAGCUUGUUAGGACUGCAGAUUCCAAACCAGCUCAGGUGCCAUCCUUCAUUGGGAGCAGUGACAGCCGGCUCUGGACACAGCUAUGGUAGGAAGGCUGCCCUGUUCCUUUUCCACAAGCAGUUCUUCACUCCUGUGCCAAUGAACCGGGCUGUUUUUUAUCCUAACGAAGAGCACUGUUGGUUUAUAGACAUUAAGCUUUUUUCUUGGAUCAAAGUAGCCCACCUGUGCUGGAUAAUCAAAUUGGAAUGGAUUCAGAAAGAUUUGCAGUCUUGUUUCAAGUCUCACAGAAAAGGCAAUCUCUGAAAUGCAGCGCUAAAACCGGUUACUGAACAGUAGUGAUGACAAAAACAAGUUUUUCUUUUGCAAAUAUUGUUUCUGCACUGAAGUGGAGUCGUGUAGCACAACAUAGGGCCACGUGCUGAUGUCCUUACCCAAGGCCUGAGCCUGGUUCCAUGGAAAUCAAUGGCAAAACUCCCACUCACUUUAAUGGGGUACAAUCAAACUGUCUAGUCCUUAGUCAAGCACAAUUCCCACUGAUUUCUAUGGCAUUUUUGCACACACCUUGGGGCCUGCCCUUCUGCUGGUGUAAAUCAGCAUUGCCUCCAUAACUUGUAAUGGAAUUUUGCUGAUUUUCCUCAGCCAUUGGUUUGGCCCAAGGACUGUGCAAAAACUGACUGAGGGUGUAUCAACACAGCCUGUGUAUUUUAGUCAGGGUAUUUGCAUAGAAUGUAGAUCGUUAUGAGUUUUUGCACAAUGUAUUGUUAAUACAAUUUUUAAAACUUA